GAGAAGUCUGAAUGGGCUUUCCCCGGCGCCGUGUUUCUCUGUUGCAUCCCCAUUCAUAGUGUGAAGUCGCCCUGAAACGUUUGCUGAAGAUGACCUUAGAGGAGAGACGCAAAGAAUACAUAAGGGACUAUGUUCCUCUGAGCACCAUCGUGUCAUGGAAGGAGGAGAUGAGGAGCAAGGGUCAAAAUGAUGAAGAGAACACUCAGGAAACGCCACAAAUGAAGAAAAGUUUCAGUGAAAAGGUUUCUCUCUACAGGGGUGACAUCACAUUGCUAGAGGUGGACGCAAUAGUCAAUGCGGCAAAUGCCAGUCUUCUUGGAGGAGGAGGUGUGGAUGGCUGCAUCCAUAGAGCGGCUGGUCCCUGUUUGUUAGCUGAGUGUCGGACCCUGAAUGGCUGUGAGACUGGACACGCAAAAAUCACAUGCGGCUAUGACCUCCCUGCAAAGUAUGUCAUCCAUACCGUAGGGCCAAUAGCCAGAGGCCACAUUAAUGGUUCCCACAAGGAAGACCUUGCAAAUUGCUAUCAAUCAUCCUUGAAGCUGGUGAAAGAAAAUAAUCUCCGAUCAGUUGCAUUUCCCUGCAUCUCAACAGGCAUUUACGGUUUUCCAAAUGAGCCUGCUGCAGUCAUUGCCCUAGACACGAUUAAGGAAUGGCUGGCCAAGAAUCACCAGGAGGUGGACCGAAUCAUCUUCUGUGUCUUCCUAGAAGUUGACUUCAAGAUCUACAAGAAGAAAAUGAGCGAGUUCUUCCCUGUUGAUGAUAACAAUGAGGGAGCAGCUGACGUUGACAUGAAAGAAGAUGCAGAAGAGCUUGAGCCUAAAGGCCUUUCCCCACCUCACAAGAAGAGCAAAGCAAAGAAACCAGAAAGUUCAAAGGACUCCAGUGAAGAUGAGAGUGGUCCCGAGGAAAAGCCAACUGCGGGAGAAACGGAAGGGCAGAGCCAAGAAGCAGAUGGUGUCAACACGGCCCCUGUGCCCAGUCCUGCUUCAGAAGACAUAGUUGAAGUCCAUCAGGAUGAAGCAGAUUCUGCAAAGGAUGACGAUGCUACAAAAGACAGCGAUGUAGCCAAUCAUGCCAUGUGCGAGCAAGAACUUCCCAAUGGACAAGAGAAUGACUCAACAAAGAGUGAAGUAAAAACUGAGACAGAGUCCCCAAGCUCAUCUAUGGAGACAGAAGAGCUUCCUUCAAACCAAGAAGAUGCCACAAUUGUGGAACAACCAGAAGUGAUUCCCCUGACUGACGAUGACCAAGAAGAGCAGGAAGGUGAAGCGCAAGGCGAGGAUGCAUCUUCUGUGUUUGCAAAAAGCCAAGUUUCCAGCGACACAGAAACCACGACAGGUCCUGAUGUUGAAAUGAACAGCCAGGAUGACAACGUAAAUGAGCCAAGAGCGUGUCAGCAAGAAGAUUUCCAAUAGGGCCACAAGAUGAAGCUGAAGCAAAGGAACAAAGAACUGAAGCUAAAUGACAACCCUCAGCAUCGCAAGGCCUGGCCCUGGGGGACUUGGGAAGAAGAUAGUGUGUGCUGUGGAAGAGGGUGGGGGAGGGGGGAGGCGAGUCCGAAGAAGGAAGGGUCCUUUGCUCUAACACUCCAGCUGCAUUUUGUUUUGUUUACCUACAGAAAAGGAAACAGGAAAAAAUUAAAAAGGAAGAAAGAAAGAGAAAGAAAGAAAAAGGAAUAAGAAAGCAAGCUCCCUCCACUUGUGAGAGGCCCCAUGCUAAGGCAAACUUUCAGGCGCUCCAUCCCUUUCAUUGCUGUCUUUUCUCUUUGCCUCACCCUAGGGUUGGUGAUAGGGAUAAGACUCACCUGUGUCUCCUAGUCCCUGUCUGUUUUCUUGGUUACCUCACAAAGCUGGUCAUAGAGUGAUUUCUCCCGGGGGGGGGGGGGUGAUUGGCAAGCUCUUCAGGCUAAAUUUCAAGAAUCACCAGGCUCAAAAUUGGUAAAAUCUACAAACAGAGGAGGAAGGAUAGAAAAUGGACAGAAGCCUCGGAGAACACCUUGAAGAGGUCUGAAUGAGGGGUUCAAAAUGUUUUAAUCGGGGUUUAAUGAAGAAGGUGGGACCUGGCAGCCACCAGGGUCUUCACCUCCACACCCAGGAUGUCUUGUGCAUUCCCUUUUGAGGCUGAUUAUGAGCACAGCUUCUUUGGUUUAUGAGGUCUUCACGGUGUGCUUCCAUAUAGAGCCCUUCACUGAGAUGUGCUUCUUCAUAUGCAAUGGGAAAGGGUAUUACUAUCAUUAAAACCUAAUAGAUGCACUUGCUCCAUUUUAGGACCCAAACAAACCUAUUAAAUAAUAGUUUCAAUUUCCAAAGUUCCUCAUGAAAUCUCUACUUUUCAUAAAAGAAUAUCCAUGUUGAGCCAAGGUGUGUUAGCCCACAGAGGUUUACACUUGAAGUUAGCAGCCCUAGGAGCCAUUGCUUCCAGUCCUGGCUUACCUGUCUGCUCAUGCCAAGUUCAAGAAUGAUUUGAUGGAUCAUCCACUCAUCCAAAAGGUAGUUAGAACUAUUAACAACUUAAGAAGCCAGUGGAAUAGAGAUAGCUCAAGCAAUGAAGACCAGAGGAGGCCGGGCAUCAUCCCGACUCUCUGUCCCAGAACAUACGGAAGUUCUCCCGCUACCUCCCUGGGUUCCAAAGACAUGGUAGUAUCUUUUGCACAUCACCUGACCUCUACAAUGCUUUAGACUUGGCAUGUUUAUGUUGCUGUUCUUAACAGAAGGGGGAUGGGAAGUGGGAACCGACAAAAUCUAAAGUCAAUAGUGAGAUGAUACCACUUUAUAAAUGUCUCAUCCAGCUCUCUAGUUUUGUCCUUUCCUGUGGAAAACUCACCUUAUCUUCCUAUGACCAGUUUCAGCUGUUCUGAAUUAAUUGCCUCUUCCAGAGAACAGUUUUUGUUUGUUUUUUUUUUUUUUGGUUUUUCGAGACAGGAAGAGAACAUACUUUGUAUAAUAGAAUAAGUAGCAAAUCAUGCAUCUGCAUAUGUUACCUUUUAACAUCUCUAAUUUUCACUAAAGCAAUUCAUCCUAGCAACAAGGCUAUUUCAGCAAUUUCAUGAUGCUACCCCAUGGCCUCUCUUCCUUCUACAGUUUGACAUGAACGCACACACCUCUCCAUUACACACUGUUUUCUAGAACAAUACUUUCUCUAAAUAAUUGAAGAACGGAUGCCAUUCAGAUAGCGAUAGCUUCAGUGUCCUUGCCACCUUCCUAGCUAUUUUACAAGCGCCCAUCAUUUUUAGGACAUGCCUGACAAAAGAACCAAGCUAGGAGGGUGUUUCCCCAGAACUUCCAGGGGAAGUACUGCUGGGACUCCUUAGGGGGCUGUAGUGGAUGGCAGGCUUCUAAAUGGACAAAGGCGAAAAAGGGACAACCAGGACGGAAGGGAUCCAGCCCACCGUUCUCUUUAUUACCAAUGGCAGCCAUUUGAUGCACUCAUAUUGCAUGGGUUAAGAAAUCGAAGGAGAGCACUCUAUGGAAACUGUAGAAAAAAGGAAAGCGCUCUUCGUAUCUAGGAAACAGAGAGGGGGGAGUCCCACUCCUGCAUUUGCUUAGACUUCUUUUUAUGAAUUAGACAUUUUCAUUUUUGCUUUGCCGUAGAUUUUUGGUUGCUCUGUGGCUGAACGAUUGUAUGCUUUAAAAUAAAUAAUGCAGUUAAUUCACACUUCAAUAAUGAAAUAUUAAAAUUUUAGCUCUGGGCCAGCCUGAAGACAUCACAAAAGAGGAAACCCGUUGCCUGCUGGCCCUGGCACUGCACAGGCUGUGCAAUGCAGUCCAUGUGGGAAGUAGACCAAUUCUUCUACACAUGAAUUCCAGAGGGCCGUUUCCAAUCACACUUCAGCCGGGCCAGACGACAUGAAGGGCAGUGGGAGGAUGGGAGGAAAGUAGCCCUGUUGUUAGUCAUGUUUGCACACAGACAGUUGAAGUAGGUCUUCGACAUAAGAGUCCUAAUUAAAAAGGUACUUGCUGCAGGCUAGACAAAGGGGCUUUUCCUCUUGCUGGUAACUAUUCAGAUGAUAGACAAGUCUUCUUUGAUAAAAGCUUACAAAGAAGACAUCCGAAGCCCUGUCUAUGACACCAGGUCACAUAUUAAUCACUGCAGCUAAUUGUAAAUCUUCCUAUGAAACUCUGAAAAGCCUCUUUGUGAAUUAGUCCAGUUCUGCUUGACGCACUUGGUUUGCAAAAGACAUUUCUCUGUAUGUGGUGCAUGUCGGCUGUGCUUUGAACAACAACAAAGUUAGCAGAAUACGCUCAAUAUAUUUUCUCGGGAAAUAGGGUUUUUAUCAUAUGACUCAUUAAGGAUUUGCCUUACCCUGACAUUUGUGAUAUAAAGGAAAAUCAGGAGAAAAGUACUUUUCUUGAACAAGAUAUGUUUUUACUUAACGCGGAUACAUGUAGUCUGUUGCUUGCAAGGAAAAAAACAAACAAACAAACAAACGUCUUCUGGUAAUAAUAGGGUAACAUGUGCCUCUUUUGUUAAGCCAGUCUUGACAUGCUGGACAGCUUCUGAGUCUGUUUGUCUGUUCUCAUCUGUGCCACAAACUAUGAUACUUAAAUGACUGUUGCCUUCAAACUAUAUUUGUUAGAGCAGAGUGCAAAUAAACUUCUUUGAGAGG